AUGCCCUGGACCAGUUGUGAUAAACAAUAUAACCGCAAUACUGCAUAUUACGAAAUGAUUGACAGAGUGAAGAAAAAGUUUUUCAUGACCUGUAAAGAAACCGAAAAUGUUGAAGAAGGUAUGGAAUUACUUACCGUGGACUGCGUAAAAAAUAUCAUUGCUUGCAACAACGGCAGCGGACACGAUCUAAAUUCUGAAGAAGAAGGCGAACAAACAUUCACCGAAAAAUGCGCUAUUACGCCAGUAAAAAAUUACAUAGUUUGCCCUGGUAGUUCAGAACUAAAACUAGAAAUAUCUAUCAUAUUGAUUAACAGUAAUGCUAAUGACGCUGCGAAUGUUGUAGAACAAAAAUCCUCAAGAAAGAGAAAAAGGUGCCCUGAAAAUUGGCAGAGAAUUGCAAGGAAAAAAAAGAGAAGCUGGUGA